GUUAAGUCUACUCCGUUAACUUAUUAUAUAUAUUUCUGAAAUCGAUUACGCUAUCAAUGUUACAAAAGAAUCGAUACUUUUAAUAUUAUCUGUACAACACUUGAACUAUUCUUUCUUUUCGUAACAGAAGUCAAAAUGAAGAUCGGACUUUGUGCCUACAGUGGUUACAAGAUUUAUCCUGGCCAUGGGAAAACCAUGGUUAAGGUGGAUGGCAAGACCUUCACAUUCUUAAACUCAAAAUGUGAAGCUGCACAUCUUAUGAGAAGGAAUCCUCGUAAAGUUACCUGGACUGUGUUGUAUAGGCGCAAGUUCAAGAAAGGUCAAGAAGAAGAGCAGGCCAAGAAACGCACCAGGAGAACACAAAAGUUCCAGCGUGCUAUUGUCGGUGCCUCCCUCAGUGAUAUCAUGGCCAAGCGUAACAUGAAACCUGAAGUCAGGAAAGCCCAAAGAGAACAAGCUAUCAAGGCCGCAAAGGAGCAGAAGAAAUCAACAAAGGCAGCAAAGAAGACCACUGCUCCUGCACCAAAAGCAAAGGCUGCUCCUAAAGCGAAAGCCGCUAAAGUGAGUCAGAAGGCUGCACCACGUGUUGGAGGAAAACGAUAAAAACCUUUGUUAAAUAAACAAUACAAUACAAAAAGCA